CCACCACCUCCACAACCACCUCCACAACCACCUCCACAACCACCUCCAACAAGAUGCUGAUCAAAGUCAGAACCCUCACCGGCAAGGAGAUCGAGCUCGACAUUGAGCCGCACUACCUGGUCUCGAAGAUCAAGGAGCGUGUUGAGGAGAAGGAGGGAAUCCCACCGGUGCAGCAGCGAUUGAUUUUCGGCGGAAAGCAGAUGGCCGACGAGAAGCAGGCGAGCGACUACCAGCUCGAGGGCGGUGCUACGCUGCAUCUGGUGCUGGCAUUGCGCGGCGGUAGAUAAUGGAUCGGAUUGGAUACCUACUGGAUGGGACAGGGAGAGACCAGCAGUGCACCGAAUACAUACACAUUACACUACUAUUUUACGAUGCUCAAUGAAGAAUGCGAGGGGUCAUUUGGUAUUUGCCUUUGCUACUACUACUACUACUACUACUACUACU